CCCUUCCACACUCUCUCGCUCUUGAUCAAUACCCAUAUAUCAAUAUCAAAGAAACACCAUCGAUUCUCUCGUGUCCGGGUUCAGGGUUUGUUAGGUGUGUUUAAAAAUAACCAACUCGGACUCAAUAAAGCACCGACUUGGCGAUUAUUCCAUCACUAUCACACGACGAUCCAGACCGGAUAGCUCGGAAUCCCGUACAUCGGGGUCUAUCAAUCAGCAACAGACCAUAACAACAACAACAAAACAAAAAACAAUAAGAAUAAGAGCAGGAACAGGUAAGGCAUCAAGGAGGACGCAGCAGGACUAGCAAAGGGAAAGAGAAUCAGCACACGACACCUCCGCAAACGAAGAGAAACAGAGGUCACGCUACCAAAAUGGGACUCGCAAAAUCUAGGACAAUCACCCUGGUGGUAGCACUGGCAACAUUGACAUCCAACAUCCUCUCGAGCCUUCUCUUCAGCCAAUUACCCGAUGAUCCAUUUCACCUGGCCAGCAACUUUAGGUGGUAUCUGCAUUUUGCGAAUGUGUUGAGCGUCUUUGGAUUUGUCGGAUCGCUGCGGCAACAUGCGCUCAGUAUCGCCGUCUUCUCCAAUUACUUGAUUCUCGACACCAUCCUCUGCGCCAUCCCCCGCUUCCUCGUCCUCGGCCUCCUCCAAAACCUCUCCCACACUCUCUGCUCCUCGCCGCCCUCCUCGCCCUUCUCCCCACCCCCUGACACUCAGUCCCACAUUCCUUCCUCACCCACCGAGCUCCACGCUUACUCCCCCAACUCCCCCGCUUCCCAAUGGGAGCGCGUGACCGGAUCCUGGACCCCCGACGGCUGCUACCGCAUCGUAUACCUCACCCAAAUGGCCCUCGCAGCCGGCGUCAUCGCCGGCACCCUCCUCCAAUUUGUCGGUGCCCUCUGCGUCCGCGAAUACGCCCGCGCCCUCUGGGUGCGUGACCUUCGCGACGAGGCCCUCCUCACCCGCAGCGCGGAACGCGGCGAGGCCCCGCUCUCCGAAAAACAAGCCCAAAUCAAGAACUAACCGAUCUCACGACGACGAAACUAUUGAUGUUGCAUGUCAGGCAGAAGCAGAAAUUGUAUAUACAUCCAGGGGUUGGGCAUAGGGUACGGUCGUUGGGCGUUAUUGGGAUACCAUCAUCAUCAUUCAUCUAAUUAUUUUUUUGCAACAUACGGGGUUGGGGAUGUACGGGCUUUCAAAAUGGGAACGAGGAUAUGUUUAUUAUGUCAUGCUGCGCUGUGAUUUUUUUCGAAGAUGAGAAGAGAAGAGAAGGAGAAAGAAAAAGAUGUAGAACUAAAUACCCCUUUGAUAAUGAAGCCCCUUUUGGAUAUUCAGUUUGGUCAUAAU